AUGAAGAAGAGGCACGUCAAUAGGUGGGUGGAACGGAGUAGUGCGAGCUCGCGGCUUGCGGAUGUGCUCCUGUUGGAUGGGACGAUAUACUUUGUCAUCCUCUUCCUUCUUCACACCACCCACAUCAUCUUGAGCGUCCUCAAACUGUUCGGCACGGGCGGCUCGAGCAACUUCGCAAUCUUCACCGAGGCCUUCUGCCCCGUGCUCAUCUGCCGCUUCCUCAUCGACCUCCAAGCAACGCGCACCACCCCGCGCUGUGGUGGAGGCGGCGGAGCCUCCGACGAGUCCGAGCUCACGACGUUCAACUCUACCCGGCCCGUGCUCAGCUCGCGCUACACGCUCGACGCCGACAAGGCGUUCGAGGGCUGGGCGGACUCGCGCAUGGGGCCUGUAAGGUCGGAGGGCGGCGGCGGCGGCGGCGGCGGCGGCGGCAGCAGCAGCGGCAACUUUGCCAGCGGCAGCGGCACCGUGGCGGAGUCGUCGGACGCGCUCGCGUCGCGGUCGGACGCGUCGUGGGCGCGUCCGUUGUUGUAUGCGGAGGUUGAGGGGCACGGGGCGUGUGCUGUGGGGAGUGGUGUGUGA